CCGCCACUGAGCUGCAUCUCUUUUCAGACCCAACAACACCCCCCCAUCCCACCCCCAACCCUCUCCAGGAACAGCCGCAAAACGGAUGGAGACAUUUUUCAAAAGGCACUUCAUGAAGACGCCACCAGGGGUCAGGUUGCCCGGUCGGUGCCGGCGGACAGGUUGGCGCGCAGGAGGCCCGGUGCCCGGCAGUAAAGUCAGGCGCCGCUCGAAUGCGGGGAUGCCCUCGGCGUUGUUGGCGCAGAGGCGCCGGUCCAGUGUGCAGCUGCCACACUCCCCCCACCACCACCACCAUGCGCUGGCCAGGAGCAGCGGCCCACGCCGAAGGUCGAGCACCACCGCCCUCCACCUCAACCCGAGGUUCGCGGUCCAGCAGAAGCCGGGGGGCAAUUUGCGGGCCAUCGACAGCCACCUGGUCGGGCCCUCCGUGCUGCUGGCCAGCCUCAUUCAGAUGAGCGAGGAUGAAGAGGGCACGGCCCAGCCAUGCUGCAGGCUGAGGGCAGGGGCCGCCCCCGAUGACUCUGACAGCGACUGCUCUUCUUCCGGAGGCUCGGAGUCCUCGUCCGCGGGCAGGAGUCGGAGCGACCAGGAAGCGGGUGUGUGCACCCCCCCGGGGACCCCAGAGACCCUCCAGCCUUCGGCCUGGCGUUACAGGCCCGUCUACACCAAGCCUUUCCUGAGGGCCCCUCGCUGCCUGAGGAGGAACUCCUCCCACCUGGUCCCCGCCGAGUCGCUCCACAUGGGGAAGGCGGCCUACGGGCUGCAAGGGAAAUACCGGAGGAGGACUCAGCGGCGGCGAUCCAGCACCAUCCCUCUCCCUGGCACACGGCGGAGCUCGGUGGCAGCUUGUGUUCCUCCCGGUGAGCCGGAACUGUACCGGGUGGUGUCGGUGGGGAGCAGGAGGCCUUCGCUGAGCAUCAGCCAGAUGUCCCGUGCCUUGCCACCGCGUUGGAGGCACGGCGUCCGCAGAAAUUCCCUUCGCUUGAUCCACAGGAGCCCUGCGGCCAAACAUUCCCCCGCGUGGAGCAACUUCCUCUCAAAAGCCAUUGCUAAAUCUGGGCUUCAACAUCUGGUUGCUCAACCAAACCCGAACGUUUCACUUCGACAGGAUUCCGAUCGUGAAGUACGCAGCACGGUAGAUUGGACGGAGAAUGCACAGUACGGGGAGCACGUCUGGUUUGAGACCAACGUUUCUGGAGAUUUCUGUUAUGCCGGGGAGCAGAACUGUGUGGCCAAAAUGCUG